AUGGACGCUAUCGGACCCCUCGAGACUCCCCUCCGCCUGGUCAAGGGUGACCAGAUCUCUGACGAGCCCGUCACCCUCCGUAUCCCCAACCGCAACAUUGGCAUCCGUGGCCAAGACUAUGAAAUUACGAACGAGGAGACCGGCAAGGUCAUGUACAAGGUCAAGGGCUCGCCCAUCAGCUUCCACAGCACGCAGCUCUUCUGCUCGGCCGAUGGCAAGGACAAGCUCUUUGAGAUCAAGUACUACAACGGCAACCACCCGCACUUUGAGGCGCAGCGUUGCGACGUCAUUGACAUCUCGAGCGACUGGAUGGCUGGCCCCCUUGCCAUCUUUGCUGCCUACGAGAAGGUGUACUCGAACGGCGACGUGACCAAGCAGGCCCAGAUCUACCUGAUGUCGCAGGACAAGGUUCGCCCCGGCGCUGUUGUUGGCCCGCGUCUCAUCCUCCGUGGCGACAUGGACACUGAGGCUUCGGUUGUCCUCCGCUCGACUGGCCAGGUUCUCGCUGUCAUCCGCCCUGGUGAGAAGCCCGCCGGCGGGGCUGUUGAGGAGAACGAGCGCGGUCGCGCGGGUGUCAGCGGCACCAGCUCGUUCCUCGUGACAGUCGCACCGGGCAUGGACAUUGCCGCCAUGGCCGGCAUUGCAGCGAGCUACAACCAGCUGCACAACCGCUCCAGCGCCGGCUCGGCUGGCCAGUCGCGUGCCAACUCGCGCGCCCCAUCCCGGUCGGCCUCGCGCAACCCCUCGAGGCGUGGAAGCGCCGCCCCCGUGCCUGUGGUCAAUGUCCCCCAGCACCUUGCGUGA